AUGUUCUGGCAGUUGCUGGCUGUUGCUGGUGUGUUCUGGGCGGUGUACUUCAGAUGGCAGAGGAGGAGGAUAAGGAAGGUUAAUGAGGAAAUCUCCUCAGGAGCGCUGCAGGAGCUGCCGGUUAUUGGGCACGCGCAUUUGUUGGGAGGGAACCAUGAAGAUGUUAUGCAGUUAUUUCAAAAAGCGGGACGAAUCGCCACCGCUCAGGGCGGACUUUCCACAUUUUGGUUGGUCCAUAAGCUAUACUUAAUCGUAACUGAUCCAUUAUCAGCCGAAGUUAUUAUGAAGUCAUGCGUGGAGAAAGAUAACUUCACAAUGAAGUUCAUUAGGACAGUUUUAGGAAACGGAAGUAUAUUUGCACCUGUAAGCAUUUGGCGUCCCAGAAGGAAGAUUCUAGCCCCAACCUUCAGUAUGAAGAAUCUGAACCAAUUCGUGGAAGUGUUCGACAAACAGAGUCACAUCAUGGCGAAACAGCUGAAGGAAACCGUGUACGAAAAUGUCUCUGUGUGGAAAUAUAUUACUACGUACACGUUCGAUUCUAUUUGUGAAUCCGUUAUGGGAGUGCAAAUAGGAUCCCAAUUCGAUACCGACCAUCCGUUCCUUAAAUCAUUCGAAAAACUGGCGGAUAUGGUGUCGCAGAGAAUCGCCACACCCUGGCUACACCCGGACAUCAUAUAUAAGUCGACACCGACUUAUAAGGAAUUUGUGAAACAUAGAAAAAUUAUAUACGGCUUUAUUAAUGAUCUCAUUCAGAAGAAGAGGGAUGACCUGGCUUUACAUGGAGUAGAUGAGAAUGAUAAACGCAGUUUCCUACAAAUGCUGAUAAUGGAGUCUGGGGGCGAGAAGGGAUACACGGACCUGGAGCUUUGCGAGGAAACCAUGGUGCUCAUCAUGGCUGGAACUGACACUUCUGCUGUUGGCACGGCGUUCACGACUGUCCUCUUGUCCAGGUUCCAGGAGAUACAAGCUAAAGUGUAUCAAGAACUGUAUGAAGUAUUUGGCGAUUCAGACCGACCUCUGACAGUACAGGACCUACCGAGUCUAAAAUAUUUGGAAGCUGUGAUCAAGGAAUCUCUUAGGAUGUACCCUCCAGUUCCCGUCAUCGUAAGAGAAGUCAACCAUGAUGUCGUCUUGCCAAACGGCACAACCCUGGUUGAAGGUGUCUCGGUGUUCCUAAACAUCUGGGGCAUCCACCGCAACAACCACUAUUGGGGAGACGACGUGGACGUGUUCAGACCGGAGCGGUUCCUCGAGGGUCCUCUGAAGCAUCCAGUCCAGUUUACGCCGUUCAGUCACGCUCCUAGAAACUGCCUUGGUUAUAACUACGCAAUGAUGUCAAUGAAGACUGCUUUAGCUAAUUUACUUAGAAAAUACAAGGUUCUACCGUUCAAAGGCCUGGACCAAUCGGAGUAUGAUACGCCUUUAAGAGUUAAGUUCGACAUCAUGAUGAAACCUGUAGAAGAUUACGUUGUUAGAUUAGAGCCUAGAGAAUGUAGUUUAUAGGGGUGAAUGUACGAGUACAAUUACAGCAAAACAUGAAAUAUGUACAAUA